UCUCUCACUUUCUUACUCACCUCCUUCUUCCUCUUUCACGAUUUCAGUCUCAGCCGCACCGCACAACACACCUCUGUUUCAGACCUUCAUCUUCUCCUUCCGUCCUUCGUCACCGACUCGUCGGUCGCCGCCGUCACGGAAAAGAGAGUAUAAAUGGAAAGUAAAUCCUCCACUUCCUCUUCAAACUUAAUAGACCAAUUGGUGUGUCCUGGAGAUGUGGUUCUUGACCUCUCUUGCAUGACAAACCAGACCAUUAAGCUUGGAGGUGGUCUACGCCAGGAUUCUGAUGUGAUUACUGUAAUGAAGGCUGGCAGGCUAAGGUUCUCCAAGCCUAAUAAAUACUGGGUUGAAAGCUCUCAAAAAAGGUAUGUGCCCCGUCCGGAGGAUUCUGUUCUUGGUAUUGUUGUCGACUCCAGAUCAGAUAACUUUCUUGUGGACAUAAAAGGACCAGCUAUAGCAUUUCUACCAGUGCUUGCAUUUGAAGGAGGAACUAGAAGAAAUAUACCCAAGUUUGAGGUAGGUACUUUGAUUUAUGUUCGGGUUGUAAAAGCAAACCCUGGAAUGAAUCCUGAGCUAGCAUGCACUGAUGCCAGUGGGAAAGCAGCAGAAUAUGGUGCCCUAAAAGAAGGCUAUAUGUUUGAGUGUACAACUGGUCUCUCCAGGAUGCUUCUCAGCUCACCCACAUGUCCAGUACUUGAUGUUUUAGGGAAGAAACUGUCUUUUGAGAUAGCAGUUGGCUUAAAUGGACGUGUUUGGGUCAAUGCUGCAUCUCCUUCUUCAACGAUCAUUGUAGCUAAUGCUAUUAAAAACUCAGAGACAUUGAGUGGUGUUCAGCAGAGAAUAAUGGCUGAAAAGCUGCUGCAGAAGGUCCAAUGAGCAGUAAUAAUACAUGGCAAACAAACGCUUUAUGAAGAAGAAUUAGAAGAAGUUCCCUGUUACUUGGAGUUUAAUUUUCUGGUUAUAUCAUUCUUUGUCUCCACAAGAUAUUUGAUAGAAAUUCAACUAUGAUAUGUUAUUUUCAAUGCUCAUUUGUAAAAGUCAUUUUUUUGCCGUAUUUGUUUAAUGUAAACAGCGAUUAUACACUACUGUUAGGGAAUCUGUUCUGGCAUGCUUUUACGAACUGUUUAGUGUAGGUGAAGUGAUUAAGAGUUGAAACGAUCAUAUGUUUGUCUGCAAGCAUAUUUGAUCAGAUGUGAUAUAUUGUGCUGCCUGAUUAAAUUGUUUAA